AGAGAGAGAGCGAGAGAGAGAGAGAACGCGAGACACACAGAGGCAUCGAAGGGGCCACCGGCCGACUUGGGUGCAGGACAAGACGACCCGAUGUCGGGCGCGGGUCGCGACCCCGUGUCGACCCGCGGUCGCCCUCGACUUCGCCUCCGCGCGUCGCCGCCGUCGCCGCCGUCGCCGUCGUCGUGCGUCGUCGUCCUAAGACCAGCGGCAGCAGGACGCUCCUCGCGUAAAUGUGCCCCCGUGCGCGCCCAUGUGCUGCACCUCCUGCCUCUCAGCCCGCUGCCCCUGCGUGCCCUGUAAACCCGGAGCACACCACCCCGACUAGCACGCCCGCACUCGCGCGCCACUCGUACCCGCGAACAUGGCCAAGAUCCUCAACAAGGACCCCGUCACGUACGAGAAGGAGAGGGAGAACUUCCUCAAGGACCUCCGGCACUUCCACGAGACCCGAGGGACUCUCUUCAAGAAGUCUCCGAAGAUAAAUGGGAAGGAUAUAGAUCUGUAUUUACUGUAUGUGGUGGUGACCGCUCAUGGAGGAUGGAUUAAGGUCAAUACCAGAAAUGAGUGGGCGUCGUUAUGCGAACAGUUUCACCUGCCCGGCGGUUGCAUCAACAGCGGAGUCGGCCUUAAACAAAUUUACCUUCGGUAUCUGGACAGGUACGAGAAAGUCCACUUCCUAGGCGAGGACGGCCAGCAAGCUGAUGACGACGAUGAGGACUCCAGGCAUCGGAAAUGGUCGGCCAGAGCACUGCACUCGGUUCCUCUUACUUAUAACCAUCAUCAGCACAACAUCGCAGAAUCUCUGCGCGAUUACAACGGACUGUCGUCGGAUCUGUACAAGUCGUCGAAUUAUGACAAACUCGCGCUGUCGCUCCUGUCGCCGCUGCCGAACGAGCAGGACUUCGCCAUCAACGUCUGCACCCUGCUGUCGAACGAGGGCAAGCACACCCUGCGGCUCGACAAGUAUCCCCGUUUGGUGAACAUCCUCCUGGCGCACGCCGGCGUCUUCGACUCGCCUGGCACGCGACAACUCUUCAUCGAGGUGUACUCGCGUGUCCGUAACUACUCUAUUAAUUCUUUCUGGUCGGACGUGCUUGACUCCCAGGAUGUGAUAGACCUCACGAACGAGAGGACCUUCAUGAAGAAGCCGCCCAGCAGUCUGCCGACCUUUUCCAGACGGAAGACUCUCGAGAAGGAGAAGCAGAGCAAGCAGGACGUUGUUGCGCUGAUAGCGGAGAACGAGGAACCGCCGCCGCUGAUCGACAUCGACGUGGUACCUCCAGAUUGCCCGCGGCUGGAUUCGCUCGUCUUGCACUCGGACGAAAACCUGAAGGAUCAGAACCAGAAUUCCAUCAAGUUCGAGGAGGAGGACAAGGAUCUGUUCUGCGUCGGUCGGACGUUGGGCACGCAGGAUCCUUACGGGCAACGCGUGCUGCAGAUCGCGUCGAUCCUACGGAACCUUAGCUUCACGCCGGAGAACGCGACGAUAUUGGGCAGGAACCGGUGUUUCCUGCGAUUCGUGCUGCUGUGCGUGAGAGCGAGGUGGAGCAAUCUGCACCAGCUCGGCUUCGACAUACUAGGGAACAUAGCGAACGAAGUUCUUUUAAAGGAAGCCGGCGAGAGGAUAACGGACGUCGUCUUAACGUGCGUUGCCAAGGGGAUCGAGUCCCAGGACAGGUUUAUUGUUAUAUCCUGCCUGGAGGUACUCAACAAGAUCAGCCAGCAAGACAGUAACGAAGAAAUUGUAACAUUUGGUCUGGCAGAUAAUGUAUAUGAACUUAUAUGCAGAUUUCUAGCUCUAAGUGACAUAGCCCUCUUAGUGUAUACCCUGGAAUGUCUGUACGCUUUAACGUCACUGGGUGAGAGACCAUGCACGAGCGUCGCGCGGGUCCGCGGUGCCAUUGAUACGCUGGUCGCCCUCGUCACCGUGGAGGCGCAAAGCUACGGCCCAAAGGCUUGUAUUCUCAUGCGAGUGGUCGAGACGGUGUCCACAGCAGUGGCGCAGCAGAACACCAGCGGGCAAGCCGCUGCUCCCGCCACUCCUGCCACACCAGCCACAACGACUGCGCCCGCGUCCACUCCGUCUACGCCGGCUACGGUUACCGCGACGCCGGCACCUGCCAGUCCAGCGUCUUCUCGACCUACGACUCCCGCGGCGACCUCGACCAAGUCGACAACUCACAAAGCGGUGGAGACAGCUAAUGCAAUCCAACAGCAAAACGCGCAUCAGCAGAUUAUUCAAGAGAACGAGCAGUUCGCUCUUGGCUGGGUGAAAGCGACCUUCGAGCUCGCACCCGGUGUACGCAUCGAACAGGAGGAAUUGUAUAAAAAGUACCUCGGCUGCUGCACGAAAAUCGGUAGACGAGGCGUGAUAGCGCCGCUGCAUUUUCCCAGAUGCGUCAGAUCCGUUUUUGGCAAUAUCGUGGGGCCGAAUCCAUUGAAGGGCGAAAAUACCGGUACCCAGUAUUACGAAGGCAUCCGAGUACGGGCCACACCCGCGCCGAUCACUUAUCCGAGCCAAACUACCGCUGCUGUUGCGACUAAUACACUCCCGAUUCCGGCGGUCAACACUACUCCAGUAAAGGUGCUUCCCGUUCAACAACGUACAGUCAAGAAUAUAAGUCCCGCACCCGAUAGCACGGCCGCUCCCCAGGUCGAUAGUCCCGCCGCGUCGUCCGGGACGCAAACGACCCCCACCCCCGCGUCUCCCAUCCUUAAGGCCCAAUUGUCCGCACCGCCGAAACCCCCGUCCAACAACACCUCGUGCCAGUCCCAAAAUCCAGUGACCAAGGUCGAUUCUAAAAGUCAGGUAUCAGUAUCGCAUCCGCAUCUGAGCCAAGCGUUGCUAGCGAGCGGCUCCCAAACGCCGCAGCAGCAGCAGCUACCGCAGCAGCAGCAGCAGCCGCCGCAACAGUUACAGUGUAUCCAGGUAGUUGCUAAGGAAGAUAAUCGAAGUGGCACUACGUCGAGUUCCAUAAUAAAAAGCCUAUUGGCUACUAAGGUAACAGUCAGCAGCGACUGCAUGCCCAGUGCUGCUGCGACUUGUGUGUCUACCCCUACUGCCUGCGUAACAAACACUACUGCUAGCAUCGCAUCCAGCAUCAGUGCCAACCAGCUAAUAACCAGCAACCAGGUUGCCCAACGUCAACAACAGCAGAGGUUACUGCAGCAGCAGAUGACGGGUGUGAUGCAGCCCGCUGCACCCGCGGCCACCCCGGCCACGAUACUCCCAAAGACUCCCGUCAACGCUAAGCAGAAACCGGCAAUCUCACCCAUUCCUGCCAAAAAGAUACAAAGGCUCAACGGGGCCAAGUUCGUUGUGACUAACAACUGCGAGAAGACUGAAGUAAACGAUAACGACAAUGCCAACCAAAUUAUCACGUCCACGACCACGGUGGUGAACUCGACUGAAAACCACAUAUCCUCCUCACCGGCGAAGGUCUGUCGUCCGCCCUUGACGACGACGGUUAACGUCGCCACCGGUACACCGAACAAGAUGAAUCAGCGCAUGACCUGCACCUCCAUCGCCGAGGAUUCGGAUUCUACCAACAACUCUUUGGCGUCCAGCAGCGGUAUCGGCGGCAGCAGGGACUGUUCCUUCCGGGUCGAGGAGGAGAACAUGCCGACGAGUUUCGAAGGUAUCCUACUUAACGGCGCGCCGGCGAGCAACAACACGGACAUCGACGCGCAGGAAGACGGUUCGUCCAAGGACUCGUCGAGCGUGGGUUCCAAGGACAAGCCGCUACAGAGCAUGAUGCUGGUGGACUUGCUCGAGAGGAAGGUUGACAAGGAGCCGAUUCUGAACGGCGUGCUCAGUAAAAACUCAAUCAACGAGAAAGAGAUGGAUUUGGUGGAGAAUCACAUCAAGAAGGUAUUAAAAGAAUCUCCCACCGAACUGAAGAUAAAACCCGAGGUAGAGAGCGGCAAUGUUAUACAGAACGAAGUGUCUGAAGACACUCUGAUCGAGGCGCCGCGAGGAAUCAAGAGAUCGGCCAGCGAAUCAGACGAGCUGGAUAUCAAGAAGCCCAAGUAUUCCAACGGCACCAUGUCCCCCGAUCCAGCGGUCGACUCGACCACGGCGGAGUCCACGGUAUCGAGUAUAAAAUCCGAGGAGCAGGACGACGAUAAGGACAGCGAGAAAGCGACUGUUUCCUCCACCGCGGCGAAUCUCUAUGCCGCUUUGGCAGCGGACUGCAUAGAGGACGAGAUGGACCUGGAAGAACAAGUGAGUGUUAAUAAGGAUACGAUAAAGAAUGAAACGUCGGCAACGGUAACAGCACCGACGACGGCGAUGGCGACGGCAACGGCGACGGGGACGGCGACUGCGACGGCGAUGGCGACGGCAACAGCGACGGCGACUGCUACGACGACAGCGACAGCGACGGCAACGGCAACGAUAGCUGUAGCAGCGGCGCCAACGGUAGCAAUGGCAGCGACAGCAACAAUGGCGGUGACAACGACUCCAGUUUCUCUUCCUCCUCCUCUUCAUGUGAAGACGGAAACGACGCCAAUUCUCAUGAAAGAAGAGCCACCGACUAUACACAUAAAGGAAGAGCCUCACAUAUUCAUCAAUCAGAUCGCGAGCAUCAAUCAAGCGUCGCAGUCGCAAGUACCGCCGUCGCAUCAACAACAGCAGCAACUCAUAGUGACAGCGCCUAGGCAAAUAGUCGUGCAGCAGACGAUUCCGACGAGCAGCCCAAUGAUUAUUCCCACCCCGGGGGUGGCAGUGAAGGGCAGGCCGCCCCCGCCUCAACCGCAGGUGCUCCUACAGCAGAGCCCGGGCGGGCAGCUGCAAUAUGUAGUGUCGGGCGGUGUGCCCGGUCAAAACUACGUACUGGCGCAGCCACAGACGGCCCUGGUGCAGGGACAAGCGCAGACCGUCCUCGUAGCGCAGACGACGCAACAACAGGGGACCGGUACCAAGACAAUUAUCAUAUUGCAGCCGCAAGCUGCCGCGCAGCCGACCCCCCAGAAGAUGGUGGCGGUGACGCCGCAAGGACAGCAGGUGGUCGUGACGCAGGUUCCUCGUCCGAUUUUGCAGAGCCCGGCGCUCGGCAACAUCCCACCGCCCCUCGUACCCACAUCCGCUACUAUCCCGCAAGCUUCCAUUAUAGUCAACAGUUCGAUGGCGCAGGCCAACCCGAACACGGUGACCGUCACGAUCCCGGCGAUGGCUCAGCAGACUCCGAUGUCCACCAGUGUGCCGUCCAGGGUGGUGACACCUACGCCGGCAUCCACGCCGCCGCCGACUAGGCCCACAACUCCGCAUCAAGCGGCGGCUACCCACGGCAUAUCCGCCAUCAAGCCGUCACCCGUCGCCAAAGUCGUGAAGACAGUGAGUUCGUCAACCUCCACCGAGCCGGAGUCGAAACCCUCCACAAGCCAGCAGCAGCAACUGCAAACGCCACAGCCAUUGCCGGAAAGCAAAACCACGAUCACGAUCAAAAUCGAUCCCAACGCUUAUCUGUGCGAGUGGCGGGGCUGUCUUAGACAAUUUAAAACACCGCACGAAGUCUAUCUUCACGUUUGCGAGGCCCACUGUCCGACUGGCGGCGAGGAAAUACUGUGUCUGUGGGCGAGCUGCGAUGCUCUCAAGAGGCGCAAGUUCUCGUUAAUGACGCAUCUCUACGAUAGGCACUGCAACGCGGACACAAUGUCGAUGAGGAGGAAACAGUUGACAGUGACGGGUAAAACCGAAGUCUCCACGUCUACGCCCCAGACCCCGCAUCAUCCCGGAUACGCACCCAACGCGGCAUUCCACGCUAUUAAACGGCAUGCUCUGGAAUUCGUUAAUCCUAAGGAGCUAAUGCAGCAAAGGCCGACCAAGCCCGCUGCAGCCACCUCAAGCUCUUCUUCCCCCAGACCUGGGCAAAAUUCUCCACCAGAACAGGAUGACAACGAAGGUCCAGUGACCAAAAGUAUUCGCCUAACGGCAGCUCUCAUUCUUAGAAACCUAGUCAUAUAUUCAACACACGGUAGAAGGCAUCUUAGAUCGUACGAGCCCCACUUGGCAGGCGUGGCGUUAAGCAAUGUCGAAUCAUCGAGAACAAUCGCACAAGUCCUUUAUGAUAUGAACGACCAGAGUAGCAGUAGCCAUCAUAGGUGACCUCUUGAAUCAGGCCUCUAAAAGCUCUUUUAAUCUUGCGAGCAGCGAUCAACUUACAUUAUUUCGAAUUACACCGGGAGAAAGCGAAAGUGUAUAAGCUUAUAGUCACUUGUCCAGGUGAUUAUAUGCACAUGGAUGAUUGUACAUGCGUGCGUGCGUGCCUAUGUAUGUGCGUGCGUGCGUGCGUGCGUGAAGUGUGCCCAUGCAAUUUGAAGAACUGGAACUAGAGAAGAAUGGUACAGAGGGGAUAAAUGUUCCAUAUAUAGAAAAAAAAGAGGCCUAUAAACUUACUAGGCAAAUCGUUUUGCCAAUUUAGAUUAUGUCAUGAACUGUAACUAUAGUGAAAUACAAUACAAAGACAGUUAGGUCAAAUAUGGAAAAGUGAUAACGAGUUUGGCAGAGAGAAAAAGAGAGUAAGUGUAUGCGUGUGAGAGAAAGGGGGUGAGUGGAUUAGAGAGAAAGAGAGAGCGAGUGAAUGAGAGAGUGCGAGCGAGAGAGAUGAUAUUUCAGAUUUAAUAUUAAUAUUUAUUUUCUCAACAAGAAAUGUCGAAAAAGUGUUUUUAGUAAACGUGUACAAAAAGGAUCGAAGAAGAUACUUUAUGGACGUUAUAGUUAAUUAUAAUCAAUAUAUUAUAAUUAAUAUUAUAUUAUUCUAUUAUUAAUUAUUAUUGUAUGUUUUUUUUUCGUAAAUCACCAAGGAGACCUAGGAUACAAAGGAAGAAGAACGAAACCUUUUUAUGAGAUGUAUUUGUUAGGAAUUUAUGUUUUGCUUAUAAUUGCAUAUUGCAAUUACAUGGCUAUAUUAUCGUCUCUCUUUGUUUUAUUAUUAACUAAUCUAAUCUAUCGACAGAAAUUAGUAAGAUAUAACAGUACAUGCAUCGGUAUGCUAGCGAGUUCGUCAUUACAGCAGAACAUUCAUAUCACUGCAUAAAUCUAAUGACGUCUAGUUUAGAUCAGUUUUAGCUCGAUGACUCCUAGCUAUUCGACUUCUGCGAUGUGUCAGGAUACUUAGAGGAAUUUUUUACGCUCGCUGAGUAAUGUGGCAUAUCGUUAGAUAAAUCUAUAAAAUGACUUUGUCAUUAGCGUGACUUCUAAUCAAAAGAAAUAAAUAUCUUGCAGAAAGAGAUCCCGAAACCAACAACAGUAUUGACAAAUUAACGAAUGAGUAAGUAAAUUUCGAACGAACGUUCUUUAUGAUAUCUGGAUUUGAAAGGCCUAAGAUGUUACAUCUUUAUAUAAUGAUCGUAAUAUUGGACUCUUUUCCUCUUUAAUUCUUGUAUCUUUAACUAACGUUUUGUUACUAAUAUCCGCGACCGCAAUUGGAAUCGUGUUUCUUUUUCAUUCUCAUGGCAGAGCGUGGAUAGCUUUCGGCCGAUGCAAACGUAUCAAGCAUGGAGUAUCUCAUUUCAACAUAAUUUGAAUGAACACAACAGGUUUAUACAACAACAGAUGGACUUUUUUAUGAUAUCAUGCAAAAUGUAAUAUAUUAUUGCAACGCAUAAUGACAAAGUUGUCUUUUGACGUAAUACUCUAACAUUGUUUUAAACAAAGUUUGCUCUGGAAGAUCAUAGAAUUUUUUUUACAUUAUAUAUCGCAACAAAGGAAGGUACUAUUAAAUAUAACUAUUUUCUCCGAGUCCUAAACCAAAUGAAAUCGACUAAAUCGACAGAAUUGUUCGUUAUUUGGCUAAUCGGUAAGCUCGAUAUGUAAUUUAUAAAAUGAGUUUUUAUUUCGAACGAUUUAAAGCGUUAAAGUGACAAGUAUUUUAUGUUCCCAGACGUCACUACUUCGCGAACGGCGUAUAUUGCAUUUAUCACUUAUUGAGUUGUUUGAAACACCACAUAAAAGAAUAAGGUAAUCAUAUUCAAAAAUAUAUAUAUGUAUGUAUACAUGUGUAUAAACAUAUAUACAUACAUAUAUACAAAUAUAAAUAUAAAAAGAUAUAUAUACAUAUUUGUACAUAAUGCCUGUAUUUCAUUCAUGAUGUUAAAACCUCUGUGUAAAUUUCUUAAGAUUGUAAGUUUAACGCGUCUUUAAAAGAAAACAAAGUAAAAGAUUCUUGUAUUAUAAUAGAAUGUGACAAGACAUAGAAGUUGCAAGAAAUGAAUUUUUGUAAUUAUUUAACUGGUUCGGUGAAGACAACUGAGGAACGGUUUCGUCUUAUAUUACAAAACGGCCGUUUAAGGAUAGACAUAAAAAUAUGAUAAUGGACCCUGUGCGAGCCUCUAUUAUGUAUUUUAUAUAUAAAUAUAUAAAAACAAGUUUAAUAGCUGAACGUUUUUAGGAGGAUGAAAAUCUUGUGAGAGGCUUUUUAUUUUUAUUAUUUGUAAUUAUACCUAGUUUACAUGUUCACCGUUUCGUACGAUCAUCGAGAUCAUAAAUAAACAUCUGUGUAAAGGAAUAAAAGAACGAUAUAAUAAAUUACUAAAUACGAAGGAGAAUAUGGGAAAAAUA